CAAAUGACACUGCUAUGGUGUUUACAGCGCAACGAGUCCAUAUACGUAAUAAAUGAAGCUUAGUGUUGUAAAGGUUAUAAUUGUGGUCGGCUUACAGCACCAUUAAAGCAACGAUUUCUUACUGUAAUCGAAAUAUUUGGCGAUGCCACACUGUUAUUUACACAAUUCCGACCAUCAGCUGAUAAUCUUUUGGCCUAAUAGAAAAUAAAUAAAUAAUGAUGCCAUGGAGGUGAACCCAUUGGCCGUUAUACUUGUUUAUUUCGACAGCAAGGGUGAUCGCCUGCUGUAUCGCUAUCCUUACCAGACGCUCGGCCAAACGCUCAAACUAGAGGAGCCACGCGAGGAGCUGGUCAACAAAAAGCGCAAUCCCUUUGCCGUCGCCCACACAGAUGAUCUGCUGCAAACGGCCACACACCAAACGCAGACCCAGAGCCAAGGCCCAGGUCAGCUGCAGGGCUUUGCGGACGAUGUGCUUUCCGCGCUGUUUGCCGUCAAGCCGCAAUUGUGCAAUCAAAAAUUUGAGCUAAAACUGAACGAUGUCCGCUUCGUUAGCCACCCCACGCUGAUCAGUGUGGUGCCCACGCCCGUGGCCACUGCUCCGCCAAGUGCGGGCAGCAAUUUAUCUUCGGCUGCCGGCGUUGCCGCCACUGCAGCUGUGGCUGUGGCGAAGAAACAACAAAUGCUCAUCAACAUUGUGUUUGCACUGCACGCCCAGGCCAGCUACUCCAUUGUCAAGUGCUACCAUGAGCUGAGCAAGCGGCUGGGACUGGCGCUCAAAUUCGAGGAGCAGCGCAGCGGCUACCUUACCGAGCAGACGGCUCUAAUGGCACGUACACACGACGAACAGCAACAGCAGCCGCUGGAGCGCACGCUGGAGCUGAUCGCGGAGCGCUGCAGCUUGGCGCAGGCUCUAAAAUCCAUUUGCAAUGAUCUUUGCACCACGGGACUGCUGAGCACCACUCUGAAUCAGAAUCUAACGUUGACCUUCUGCCUGCCGGCCAAGGCGCAUCAGCUUCACAAGAAGGGCAGCAUGGUAGAUCCGGAGACCAUAGAUCGUUGUCUGCGCGCAUUAAAGCCCUAUCAUGGCAUGCUGCUGCUGGUGGACUUUGCGGAGCUGCUGGACUGUGUGCCGCCGACUGGGGCGCGCAUGCUCUGGCAGCUGGUGGACGCUUAUAAUCCGCUGAUCAGCCUGCAGAGUAUGGCUUCCAAUGCGGAUCUGAGCAUUGAGCAUGUGUACAAGCUGGUCUCGCAUCUGGUCUACUGGGCCAAGGCGACCAUCAUUUAUCCACUCUGUGAGACGAAUGUGUAUGUGAUAGCACCGGAUGCGCCGCUGCACACCAGGUCGCAUCUGGUGGAGAAGUUCUCCACACGCUUUGCGGGCAUGUCUCUGUUUGAGGUAAUUUCGGACUUCUCGCUGCCGACGUCCAUUGGACAUCUGACGACGCCGUUGCAACAGCCGGCGCGCCAGGGCAUACUUGCCCAGAUGGUACUCUGGAUGCUGCAGCAUCAUUUGCUUAUGCAGCUGCACACCUAUGUGCAGUUCAUGCCCAGCGACGCCGACGAUGAAUUCGGCGACUCGGCGUCCUGUGCCCAGGCUGGCAGCAACGUCACCGAGGAGGAACAGGACAGCAAUCACACCGAGGACGAGCCGAAUCGCGAUCGGGAUGAUGAUCCAUUGCAUGGCGGCUCCAUGCUGAGCAUGUCCAGUCAACCACUGCCCAUGCCCGUGAACGCACAUCGACGCAGCGUGCCCGAGGAUCACUACUCCCUGGCCUCGGACAACAUUGCUGUGCAGCCGUCGUCCAGCCACAAGUCCAACUUCAGCAUGACGGCCUCGCUGAGCACGGACAAUUGCGAUAGCCUCGACUCCAUGGAGGACGAGCAGAAGCUCAAGGAGCUGCUGCAGGUCUUCAACGAUGCGGAUCGCGCCGCCAUUCGCCGCAUACCCGCCUCCCUCAACGUGGAUGAUCUAUCGCUGCUGGUUAAGCUCUAUCAGAUGGGCUACUUUAAGAGCGAGCAUCACCUAGAGGAGAUUAUGUACUUUGAGAAUUUGCGCCGUUCCCAGCUGCUGCAGCUGCUCGACAAAUUUCGCGACGUCCUGAUCAUAUACGAAACAGAAGAUCCGGCCAUUGCAUCCAUGUACAACAAUAAAUAGAUUUAUAAUAAAGAGCAUUCCAAAUGCAAUUUGAGUGUAA